AUGCAGCCCAGCUCUGUUCACCCCCUUUCCACCUGAGCAGCCAAUAGGACCAGGCAGGCUGGUCUGGGCUGAGCUGAAGGAGGAGGUAGCGAAGUGUGGUGGGGGGAACCGACCGGACAGGACCAAACACCCGACUCGUCACCCAGCCAGACGGGCAGCAGACAGCAAAGAGAAACAUUUCACAUGCUGGUGAAGAUUCCGCCGUCUUCCUCAAUGGAUCUACACAGCUACAGGUUCCACUACACAUGAGCACAAUCCGGGAGACUGAUCCCGGUUGACUUUUUGUGGGGGUAAAUGCUUCAGGACAACUUUCACGACAUGGAAGAGCAAGCGGAGAUGGCAAGGGGCCGGGCAGGUAGCUGCGUGGAGUUUCACAGCAUCAGGUACCUCUCAUCCAUUUUUGGUGGGAUUACAGACGUGUGAGUGCAAGCAAGUGUACAGUAGUGAAGAAGUCAGGUGACACCACGUGAGGUCGCCUCCAGACUGAAAGGAAUGCCACCGACAGUGUGUGACGCGACUUCCAUCACACCUGCUGAGAAAAGAGCGCCAACAGUGCAGGCAGGCAACGCACGUGGCGUUGCCAACCACAACGCCGACACACCCUGGACCGAGUCUGGCGCGGCGCUCUGGAUCCUCCACACAGACCAGACCAGACUGCUGCUGUCCGGAAUAACAACAUGAAACAGACAGCUUGCCUCGAAAAGCAUCUGCACUGGCUCCAACUUCAGCUGGACCCUCAUUUAACUGUACUGCAUCAUACUGAGAGCUGCUUCUAAUAUUACAUUAGAGGAGUGGUUAGGAAUGUGGCUUGUUAGCAAUAGUUCUCAUAUAGCCUAUAGUUAAACAGCCCAAUCAUUGAUCAUGAUACAUGAAUCAUGAACUAGUGUAAGUCCAUCCAUCCCUUUUCUGAACCGCUUAUCCUCACUAGUGUCGCGGGUGUGCUGGCGCCCAUCUCAGCUGACUUUUGGGCGAGAAGCGGUGUACACCCCGAACUGGUCGCCAGCCAAUCGCAGGGCACAUACUGUAUAAACUAACAACCGUUCACACCGACAGACAAUUCAGUCUUCAAUCAACCUACCACGCAUGUUUUUGGAAUUAAACCGGAGUACCCAGAGAAAACCCACGUGGAAACAAGGAGAGCAUGUAAACUCCGAACGGAGGCCGGAUUUGAACCCUGGACCUCAGAACAGUGAGGCAGAUGUGCUCACCAUCAAGGAUUACAAGAACUAGAAUAAAUAUAUUCCAUUUUUAAAAUGUAUUCCAAUGUAAUUUACUAUUUUAUUUAUUAAAAUGACCACAGUAAAUAUCAUUUUCAAUUUUAAAAAAAGUUUAAGAAUUUUCUAAUUUAAUAAGAUUUCUAAAUAAUUCAAUCGCAACAUUAAUGUAUUCUUUUAAACGUUUUCUGUCUCCGAAAUCUUCCAAUUAAGACAUUAUAGUCAAGCACGUCUCUUUUUCCUGUCAAUUCGCGUACUGCUGACAUGUCAAAAUAAAGUGUAGCUCAAAAAAAGAAACCAAUAUGUCACACUCUGUUCCGUGUAUGCAUUUUAUUUUGGUAAUAAAUCGGAAGUCUCUUGUUUAACCCCGUCUAACUUGACGUUGGUGUUGGAAUUGGUCGGUCCUCUUGCGGAGGGGGGUGGGGUCUCAGACCAAAUUGCGCCCGGUCGGAGUCAGCAGCGUCGCGGCGUGUCUCUUGGCGAAACCCCGCCGUCAUGGAUCCUCCUCGGGCUUGCGUCCAGCUGUCCGCCGGGUAAAAGCAACAACUUUAUCGGACCACCGUGUCAUGGGAAUACCAAUUGCCCGGUGCGCUCGGCCCGGUGGAUCCGUUUCUUGAUGGAAAGCAUGUCGCCGCAACAACAGCAGCAGGGCGCCGCCAUGGGCCGGAGCGGCUCCGACUCUGUGGCCGGGAACAACGCGUCACUCGCGGAUAGUAAGAAGAUGAAGACGCUGGCUCAGAGAAGACAAUCUGCUCCCUCAUUGGUUAUCAGCAAAGCACUGACCAGGUCUAGAAGCACGUCCAGGGAGAGCUACCUGACUCCGGUGAGUCCAGAGUCCUGUGGUCUGGUCCAGAGCUUCCUGAGUGAGAGUCCGGGCCAAGCGUUCCUGGGUCACGUUCAAGUCCAGAUGAAGAUGGGCCUGCAGACCCAGGACAGACAUCUCUUCCUUUUCACAGACGCGCUCAUCGUCACCAAGACCAAGUCUUCGUCCCACUUCAAGGUGAAGGCGCGGGUGCGCGUGUGCGAGAUGUGGACAGCCGCCUGCGUGGAGGAGGUUUGCGAAGGCAGCACCAGCCUGGAGAGGAGCUUUGUCCUGGGAUGGCCCACCUGCAACUGCGUGGCCACCUUCAGCUCCGAGGAGCACAAGGAGAAGUGGCUGCUGCUCAUCAAAAGUCGCAUCAACGAGGGAAAGGAGAAAGAUGAGCCCAAGACGGUCCCGCUCAAAAUAUUUGCCAAGGAUAUCGGAAACUGCGCUUAUGCCAAAACACUGGCGGUCAACAACACGGACGACACCAACGACGUCAUCGGCAUGGCACUCAUGCAGUUCGGGAUAGCCGGUUGCGUGAAGGACCACCGCUUGUGGGUGAGCUCCAGUAAGGACGAGCCGCCGUACCCUCUGAUCGGCCAUGAGUUCCCGUUUAGCAUCAAGAUGAGUCACAUCCGAGACGGUGGAGGGAGUCGAGGAGAUGCGAGCAGUCCGUGCGACUGUCCUGAGGUUCAGCUCCUGGACCGCUGUCUGCCUCCGGACACGCAGUGCCACUUCAUACUCAGACCCAGCAAAGUCACACACAGCGCGGACCCACUCGUAGACGCCGCCCAGCCGAAGUCGUUCAAGCGUAAGCGCUCUCUGAUCAACUGGCCCUUCUGGAGGGGCUCCAGCAGUCAGCUGGACAUCGCCGCCCCCCCACUCAGCCCCACCUCGCCCGGACCUGCCAUCCCGGGGCACCUCUUCGGGCGGCCGCUCGCCUCUGUCUGCACGCAGGACACUGGCCUGCCCAAACCUGUCAUGGACAUGCUGGUGUUCCUGUACAUGGAGGGUCCGUAUACUCGGGGUGUGUUCCGGCGCUCAGCAGGGGCCAAGGCCUGCAGGGAGCUGCGUGAACGACUGGAUGCCGGGACAGACGACGGCGAGAUUUCGAGUCAGUCCGUGUUUGUCGUUGCCGCUGUCCUCAAGGACUUCCUUCGCAGCAUCCCGGGCAGCCUGCUGUGCUCGGACCUUUACGACCAGUGGACGGUGGCCAUGGACAGUGAGGGUAGCGACGACGUGACCGGCGAAGUCCACAGAUUACUGCGCCUGCUGCCCGCCGAGAAUCUUCUGCUGCUGCGCCACGUGGCUGCCGUGCUGUACCGCAUUCAAGGCUAUGCCCACGACAACCAGAUGAACGCCUUCAACCUAUCCGUCUGCAUUGCUCCCAGCAUGCUCUGGGCCCCCACACCUGGGACCCCCGAGAUGGAGGGGGAGGGUGCCAAGAAGGUGUGUGAGCUGGUGCGCUUCCUCAUCGAGAACUGCACCGCCGUGCUGGGCGACGAUGUCACCUUGCUCUUUUCCAACUUCAGCCCGAAGGGUGGCGGCAGUGAGCACAGCUCUGACGCGUCGUCGUUCCAAAUGAACGACUCGUCGUACGACAGUUUGGAGAACGAGCUGAACGACGAGCCCGAGUCCCCGUGCCAGGACCAACUGCCUCUGCGUGACAAACGCGACAAGCCCGACAGCCGCAGCCGCGACUCGGUUCUCACGCUCAGCGACUGCGAACCCGACGCUGAGGGCCGCGCCGAUGACCUCCUAUUGCAACUGCCGCCCCUGGCCCGGCCGCGCCGCUUCAGCCCCGCAACGCGCCAGCCCCGCGUCCGCCACGCCAAUGGGGUGUCCUCGCAGGGUGCCAGCCGGAGAUUGAGGCGAAGCUCGGAGCCCGCCUUGGCCGCCCUCACGGGGGGACGCCUCCCGUUACGCAAGGCCAGCUAUGAUGCCGCCAUGGAGGGCGAGGAAGAGGAGGAAGAGUUCCUGGAGAAGGAGCUAAAGGGGCUCCACCUGAAUUCGGAACAGGACCAGAACAGUGGGUGGCGGAAGAGCAAGCAAGCACCCCCGCCCUCGCUGCGCCUGGACGCCAGCUGCUCCAGCCUCUCCUCGCCAGCCACCUCCCCCACCGGCUCCUCACUCAGCUCCUUAGACUCCGCUUUCUCGCAGUACUCCACCGAUUACGGUGCCAUCCCGCCGGGGGAUGCCCCACUUCGGUCCCCACGGUGCUCUCCGCCGCAGAAGGAUCCUCGCCCCGGCGCCCACCCCAACACGUGGAUCAAGAAGGACCACCGCCUGUCCCUGAAGCAGCCUCUCAACGGACACGCAAGUGAGGACUUGCCGCCGUCCACUGGUACCCAAAACGGGACGCCCAACCGGCGUUCCAGCAGUCCUCCGUCCUACCAGCAGGCGCUGCUUCAAUUACAAUGCACCUCACCUUUCUACAAGGGGGCGGACAAACCCCUGACGGUGCGAGAGCUUAGGCUCCUCCACGACACGCCCCCUGUGGGAACUGACACUGUCCAGCCCCCCAUGGGUGUCUUCUAUGGACAAAGUUCCACCACUCUUGUACUUAAACGGCAGAAGUCCCACUCCCUGACACUCCCUGUCCAGAGCCGGACGCUUCCCCGCCGCCGGUCCGAGCCCGUGUGCCACCCCUCCAAAACGGGCACAGUGGACAGACCCCGGGCCUGCCUGAGGGUGUCGGAUGUGGAGCCCCUGUCACCCUCCGCCAAUCGCACUGUGCGGGACUACUUUUCCACGACUGGGGACGCGGCGGGCUGCGCGCGGCGCAGCCAGGAGGUGGCGCUGGCCAUCGCCCAGGCCAAGAGGGAGUGGCACAGUCGGCAGUGUAGCGAGCCGCAAUUAGACGAUUUCGACCAGCUCUUCUUCGCCGAAGAAUCCUACGUGUAACUACCACCUUUGUACCCGCUUUUUAUUACUCACUGUUGUCUACGUGGUGUGUUUACGGUACCAGGGUGGGUGACUUCUUCUGGUUUUAAAAAGGUACCCGCCAAAAUAAAAGGUGGUUUUGGUUCCGGUGAAACAAACAGAAGUCACUCAGAAGUGAAAAAAAGGGCACCAUAUGGAUAUGGUAGCAGGUAUUGAUGCACUUCCUAGUGCCAUAUGUAUUAACACAAAAUAAGAGCAUUUGCAUUCAUAGCCCGCCAAAUUAAGAGCAUUAGAGAGGCAACCUGCACUUUGGUGUAUUAAAAAAAAAGAGAAUUCACCCAAAAGUGACCAAAAGAGGCACCACAUGUGUGAGGUAACAGAUAAAUAUUCACUCACAUUAAAAAAAGUAAAAUAAAAUUCUAACAAUGAAAAGAAUUCAUUCUAGUGGUGCAACAAGUAAUCGAUUAACCGACAACUGAUUUUAAAAUUAAUCAACUAUUUUAAUAAUCGAUUAAUCGUUUAGAGACCUUGUUUAUUUUAAAAUUGUCCACAUUAUCAGAAUUUCAGCCUCUCAACAGUAAAUAUUCUUCGAUUUCUGUCAUCGCGAUGAAGCCAAACUGAUUAUCUUUUGUGUUUAAUCAAAAUAAAAGACAUUUUGAAAACAUCUGCUUUUUAUUUGGAAAACAAUGAUCAACAUUUUUGUGACGGAUGUUACAGCCCAAAACAGUAACGGAAUCAAAAUCAAUUUAUUUCACUUUCACUUUGAAAUAAUGUCCUGUUUUUGAAAAGCAGAUUUUUUAAUUUAUUUUUUUUAAAGAUGAUUCAUCAAUAAAUCCCAAAAAUAAUUGACAACUUCAUUGAUUAAUAAAAUAAUUGUUAGUUGCAGCUCUAAUUUAUUCCAAAGUAACAAAAACAGACACCAUUUGGAUAAGAAGCAGGUACAGAUUGACUUCUUGCUUCCCGGGUGCCCAUUCACAUUCUCCCAAAAUAAGAGCAUGUAAAUCAGUUUUGCUAAAACAAAUAGUGAUGUAUGAGAAGCAAAUGUGGCUAAGGUAGCAGACCUAGAUGACUUAACUUCCCACUUCCUGGGUGCCAUCUGCGUUCACAACCUGCCAAAUUAAGCGCUGGAAACACAUAAGAUUAGUUGAAUUAAUUGAAAAGUGACACAAAUUUGGGGAUUGAACUAGCAUGCAGUUGCCAAAAUGAAAGAGAGUCACCUUUUUACCACAUGAAUAUUUAGUUAUUAUUUUGUAAUGAUUGAAUCAAGCUGGCAGGUAUUUAUUUAUUAGUGUUAAUUAAUGCCCAUGCUUCUGAAUGAGUGCUUUCUACAUCCUAAUAUGGAUAUUGAAACGCCACUUCCUGGCAAAAUUUUCCACCGUAUCAUCUUGUAUAAUGAAGUAACGCGUCUUCUUCAAACUUUUUCCCCCACAUUGUAAAGUUGUUUGUAUUUAUAAUACAGAAAUAUGUAUAUGAUAAAUAUGUCUGAUAUUUGCUAUAUGAUAAAAUCAAAUUGUAUUUUUGUACAUGUACUGCUGCUGCUGUCGCCAUAGAAACUUUAUUUGCUGCAUAUUUCUGUCUAGUUGUGUACAACAUUUGAAUAAAAUGCUCUCUUACCA